AUGAAGUUCGGUAAGACUAUCCAGUCUCAACAAGUACCAGGAUGGGGCGGAUACUACCUAAACUAUAAAGCUCUCAAGAAGAUCAUCAACUCAUAUGCAGCAGGCAGACCGGCAUCAGACGCUUCCCUCCUAUCGUUGGGUCUACGUCUUUCCAAGAAAUCGCCCGGUAGCGGUAAAUCAGAUGCUGAGACCGGAUCCAUCUCACCACCACCACCACCACCACCACCCAUCCCAACAACAACAUUAGAAGAUUUGGAACCGCUUCCUGCAGAAAGUGAACCUCCAGCACCUAAUACAGGAAGCGCGUUGAUGAGUAGACAUCCAACGGGAGGAAAUGAUAAAAGCGAAAGUUUCAAAGCUCAUAGAGAUGUUUUCUUCUUCACCUUACAGAGAGAAUUGGAAAAAAUCAAUACAUUCUAUCUCAUCAAAGAGCGUGAUUUACGACUAAGGCUGUUGACAUUACUUUCAAAUCGAAAACGAUUAUUGCAAAAUUCCAAUGGAUCUGGUACGAACUCAUCAGAUAAUGAUCUUGAUGGGAACAGUCGCAAAGAUGCGGAGUGGACUUCUUUGGAAGAAGGAUGGAGGUUAUUCGAAAGGGAUUUAGGUAAACUUCAAGGUUUUAUAGAAAUAAACGCUACUGGUUUCCGAAAAAUAUUGAAAAAAUGGGAUAAGAGAAGUAAGAGUAACACGAAAGAGUUAUAUAUCGAAAGACAAGUCGAAGUUCAACCUUGUUUCAAUCGUGAAUUUAUAGCUAAACUAUCAGAUAUAGUAGCUGCAAAUUUGUUGGAUUUGGAGAAUGGUUCUGAACAUCUAUCAACUUCUUUCCUGGAACGUGAUUUACCCGAUUCAAUAGGUGCCGAUGGAUUAAACUUCAAUAGAAAAGAAGAUUAUGAUUCUGAUGCUGGAAUUGGAAAUUCUCUAGCUUUAGAUGCUUUGGUCGACCUAGAGUCUAAUAUGGUUAAAGCUUUGACUUCGGGUAAAGAAGCUGUUUCGGAUUGGUUGAAAUUAGCCAAAACAAAACAACAUCGAGAUAAAGGUAGAAGACUAAUGAGAAUCUUGUGGAGAGCAGCUUUACAAGUUCCUUCAGAACUUUUGGAUCUAGUACUUUCAGCUAUCAAACUGGAUUACGAUUAUAUCGACAACAUCAAUGGUAGAUCACCUUUACAUCAAGCUUGUAUCGCAGGUUCAUCGAGAUUGGUUCAGCUUUGCGUCGAAAACAAUCACUUAUUACUGGAGAAACCGGAUGCGUACGACCGGAAACCUAUACAUUAUGCUGCAAUACACGGUCAUCCUGAAAUCGUCUCUUUCCUUUUGUCGAAAUCAGCCGAUCCUUCCGCGACUGAUAUGGAUGGAUAUACUCCUUUGAUGCACGCUAUAAUACAAGGGCAUUUAGAAGUGGUCCGAAUUUUCGUUCAAGAUAAAAUAACACUUGAACCCACCGCCAUCUCUAACGAUCUGAUACCGCUUUCUCUAGCUUGUCAAUUCGGUCACCUCGAAGUUGCAAGAUUACUCUUACAGUGUGGAGCUAAAGUGAUACCCAACUCCGAAGGCUUAUAUCCGCAACAUUUCGCAGCUAAAGCGGGACAUGAAGCUAUUUGCCGGCUUUUGGUGGACGAAGGCGGUAAAGAUGGAGGUGGAAGAGAGAGACAAGAUAAAUACAAUCUGUGGACACCCUUACAUCAUGCAGCGAUAGGAGGUGAAUCAAGACAUUUAGCAUGUAUGAAAGUCCUGGUCGAAGCUGGAUGUGAUGUCAACACCUCAGAUGAUUACGGCAAAUCACCAGGAUGGUAUUCUGCUUGGUUUGGUCAUGUGGAAUGUUUGAAUUUCCUGUUGGACAACGGAGCAAAACUCAAUGGAAAGCAGAAUACUUUGGAAGGAAUGGAAAACCUCGGUUUAUCGGCAGAUCCCCAAAUGGACAGCUUGUCACCUGGGUCCGAUCUAGAAUUGGACCCUCCACAAGAUGAAUUCGAAUUGAUACCUUCUUUAUCACUUCCCCCACCUAUAAUACCGCUCCGAGUAUAUGGCCACGAAUUCCUUGCUAAUCGAUGUCUUGUCCAACUUUCUCUUGGUCACCCUUUCUCACGUCCAUCGUCCAUCGCAUCAAAAGCACCACCAAUCAAGCUGUAUUCUCGAUCAGGACAAGAUUCUCUUCAUCUCUGGUCUUCUCUCAAACUAGUUAUGACAUCAAAAUCUGACAUCACUGCCGUACCUCAUUCUGUGAUACUACCUUUGGCUGACGAAAGAGAAGUCUUUUCAUUCCAAGUACAAUCACUCGAACGGUUUACACUUGAACUUUCACUCUACCCCACCUUCGGAUCAAAAGUCAUAGGACGAGCUAUAGUUUUACCUGACACGUUCAACGAUAUCACGUAUCAUAAAGGAAUCGUAGCUCCUCUUUUAGAUCACAAUUUGAAAACAAUAGGUGAAGUCGCAUUUGAGGUAUCGUGUAUCAAACCAUUCGAGGGAGCACAACUGGAGAUCGGAGGUAGAGUGGAGACAUAUUGGAAAUCAAAAGUCACCCCUUCACAGCCUACGCAAGAUCAUGCUCAUCAAUUCCAAUCACAUAGACCAUUAUCAGUUUCAACCACAUCGCCUUCCCUCAGACCACCUGUGACUGCGCCACCGGCGAGCAACAAUAACGAAUCUGCCCUAGUCACCGCUAGUUCCCUUUCUGGCGAAUACGUGCAUAUAGUCAUCCAAGUAACGAAAGAUUUCGUUCCCGUGAUCUAUUCAAAAUUGAAAUUACCAAUUGAGCAACUCGAUAUUGCAGUAUCAGAUGUCACUUGUGACCAAUUUUUAUCUAUUGCUAAAUCGAACAACCUUCUCUUAACAUCUCCAUCCAAUCACCAUUUAACUUCCGGUGAAUGGUCAGAAUUACUUUCAACUAAAAUGUCAACUUUGGAUAAUGUAUUAUCGAUUUUACCGCCAGAAAUAGGUUUGAACCUGUUAUUACAAUAUCUCAGACCAGCAACGGCGAUCCAAAAGCAAUUUGGAAGAUCAAUAGAGAUAAAUAAAUUCGUCGAUACAAUAUUACAUUCAAUCUAUCAGAGUGGCAAGAAUAAUCCUGGUAGGAAGAUAAUUUUCAGUUCUUUCGAACCUGAAGUUGCAACUGCUUUAAAUUGGAAACAACCCAAUUACGCGGUAUUUUUCGCUUCAUAUUGCGGCAUCUCUUCUUCGCCAUCAUCCACAGAUUCGUCUGGAAGAACAAGACUCUCACCGCUGUCUCUAGAAGAAGAAAGCGAUCUCAGAUGCUUGAGCGUUAGGGAAGCUGUGAACUUCGCCAAAUCCACGAAUCUGUUGGGAGUGAUAUUAGAAGCGACGACUCUGGCCGCGGUACCUUCACUUGUAGCAUCAGUGAAAGAUGCAGGAUUACUAUUGGCUACUUUCGGUGACUCUCAAGAUGUUACUGCUCUUAGACAAGGUGCUUCGGAUGGAAGGACAGUAGAUGCUUUCGUUAUUGAUGGGAUUAUGACUUUGACUAUAUAA